AUGGCUCCUGAGAUUGUGGAUGAUGAUAUUAAACAUCUUCUCGAAAAAAUCAGUCAUGACAUUCAACGUAUAGGUGAUCAGCAAAAUCUAAUGACUAGAUACUAUUCAUUAGAUUUUGAUUUUAAUGAUGUGAAGGACAUCCUCACGCAUACAAGAAAUCCAAAUUAUAAUGGGGAUUGGUUGAGUGCAAGAAAGGAGAAUCUUUAUUACCUCAACAACUUGUUGAAUGAAUGGCAACUCAUCAACAAACGCAACUCAUUUGCUCAUGUUAAAGAUCGUGAAGCAUGUCUGAACAUCAAGAAGAGCUUAAAGAAGAUGAUGAAGGAAUUCAAAGGUGAAGAAUCCAGUUCAAGAGGUGAUGCAGAAUACUCUGUUACUCGUCAUCAAGACCCAAAACACCUCACUUUUGAAAGAAACAAGAAAGAUGUUUACAGGUGGAGCUCCAGGCAUGGACCGAGGAAAGUUCAUGGUUUUGAAAACAAUGUCAUGGCCAUGGAGAGGGAGCUUGUCAUGCGAAAUAUUAAUGUUCCAUAUAAGGUUUUUGGGGUUGUGGGAGUCGCCGGAAUUAGGAAAACGACUCUUUGUCAGGACAUUUUUUGCCGGAAGAUCUUGAAAUGUCUCGGAAUAGAAGAUGAAGUCAUAAGUGAUGUAGCAAAGGAAGGUGACGAACAUGGACUCCGGAAACUGAUUCUUCUUAUCCGGCUACAACUGAUUGGAAAAAGAUAUUUCAUUGUUCUCGAUGAUGCUUGGAACGAUGCCAAAUUCUUCUUGAAAUUGAUUCGAACGGAAGACCCGAAUAUGAAAUGGGGUGAGGAGUUGGCAUACGCGUUGCCAAAAGGGUGUGGUGGAACAGUCAUUUCGUCGAGCAGUUUUUGCUCACCUCUACUAAAAAUGAUGUUUGGGAAAGAUUUAAGUUUGCUUUAUUUGAAGCCACACACCAAGGAGAUCAUUGAUCAGAUUUUUCGAGAUACGGUGAUUGGGUAUGUGGAAGACGAGAGGGAAUUCCCUAAGCAUUUGGAUGAAUUGAAAAUGGAGAUACUAAAAAAGUGUGAUGGAAUACCGUUGGCUGCAAAAUUGCUUGCUAAAAUUGCUCGGGAACCAUUGCCGCUAAAGCUGAAACCCCCACCGCCAACAAGCGUCGUCGGAGGUAAUGAGCUUUGUUAUUGUAAGUUUGUUUUCUUGAUAAAGGAAAAUGAGAUUAUGACAUAA